GCGUGCUGCCCGGCGUCCGCUGAUCGUCCAGGCCCGCGGGGGUCCCGGCUCUGCGGCAUGUCGAUGCUGGCUGAGCGCCGGAGGAAGCAGAAGUGGGCGGUGGACCCACAGAACACAGCCUGGAGCAAUGAUGAGUCCAAGUUUGGCCAGAGGAUGUUGGAGAAGAUGGGGUGGUCGAAAGGAAAGGGGUUGGGCGCGCAGGAGCAGGGCGCCACAGAGCAUAUCAAGGUCCGGGUGAAGAACAACAACCUGGGCCUGGGCGCUACCGUCAACAACGAGGACAACUGGAUUGCUCAUCAGGAUGAUUUUAACCAGCUCCUGGCUGCGCUGAACUCUCAUCACGGGCAGGAAACUGCAGAUGCCUCGGACCGCAAGGGAAAGAAAUCUUUCAGCCUUGAGGAAAAGUCCAGAAUCUCCAGAAGCCGUGUGCAUUACACGAAGUUCACCAAAGGGAAGGACCUGUCAUCUCGGAGCACCACAGAUCUCGACUGCAUUUUUGGGAAAAGGCACAAAAAGAAGACCCCAGAGGAUGACUCCCCCGUGGCCACUCCAGAUGCCUCGGGCACUACCACCAGCACCAUCAACAUCCAUGAGUACUUCGCCCAGCGCAUGGCUGCACUGAAGGGCAAAGCCCCUUCCUCAGUGGCAGGACCAGACCCUCCAGAGACCCCCGUGGUAGGGAAAAGGGCCAAGAAAAGGAAGAAAGAGGCCAAGGACAGACAUAUGGGCCUGACAGAGCAGCCUGGGGCCACAGAGCAGAGUGAUGGUCUCCAGGACGAAAACACUGCCAGCCCUGCCACAGAGGCAGACGGCUGGACGCAGCCACUCGAGGACACGGAUGAGGGCACUCAUCCUCCAAAGCCCAAGAAAAGGAAAGGAAAGAAGCAGCUUCUGCAGCAGGUGCAGGCAGCAGAGGAGACGCCAUCAGGUGACACAGCAGUGAAGAAGAAGAAGAAGAAAAAGAAGAAAAGUUCCCUGGAAAUUCCCUAACCCUGCACCCCGCUCUCUCUUCCAGGGACAGUCCGCAGGCAGGGACAGGGACAGGUCCACGGGCAGGGCCAGGAACAGGGCCACAGGGACAGGGCAGGAGUUGUCAGCAUGUCCUCAGUGGCCACACGGAGGAAACGAGGCAUUCCAGCAGACUCAGGCACAUGCUGAGGGGUGAGGUGGCUCCGUGCUGUGCCUGUUCCCCUCAUACUGCGGGUGUCCACUCUCUCGCCCUGGCCUGCACCACUCAGCCUGGCCAGCGUCCACUUGCAGCCCACAACUGUCUACUCUCUCAACCUGGGAGCCGUCUACUCUCGCUGGGGGGCCGUCUACUCCCUCAGCCUGGCAGGUAUCUACUCUCUCGGCCCUGCUGGUGUCCACUCUCGGGCUGGCACCCACUCUUAGCCCGGCCGUAUCCACUUUCGGCCCAACUUGUCAUAAGUGGGAACCUGCUUCCCGCAGGAGGACUUGCCCUCAU